AUGCAUCGCACAUACUCCAUGCGCCAGACAAGAGCGCCCACCGCCUCUCAACUCCAGAACCCUCCCCCGCCUCCCUCUACCACAAAGUCCGGUCGCCUGUUUCGUGGUGGCUUUGGCCAUGCCCUCCGCCACAAGUCUGCCGGUGCUUUCGGGCCAGACCUCGCCAAGAAGCUGUCACAGUUGGUGAAGAUGGAGAAGAAUGUUAUGCGCAGCCUUGAACAAGUGGCUAGAGAGCGUAUGGAAGUGGCUCAACAACUCUCAAUAUGGGGCGAGGCUUGCGACGAAGACGUGUCCGAUGUCACCGACAAGCUCGGCGUUCUUCUCUACGAGAUUGGUGAGCUUGAAGACCAAUACGUCGACCGAUACGACCAAUACCGUGUGACAAUCAAGAGUAUCCGCAACAUUGAGGCUUCGGUACAACCGAGCCGAGACCGUAAACAAAAGAUCACCGACCAGAUUGCCCAGCUCAAAUACAAGGAGCCCAACUCCCCCAAGAUUGUCGUCCUCGAGCAGGAACUUGUUCGCGCCGAAGCCGAGUCGCUGGUUGCCGAGGCCCAACUGUCCAACAUCACGCGCGAAAAGAUCAAAGCCGCGUACACCUAUCAGUUCGACGCUUUGAGAGAACACUGUGAGAAGGUUGCUAUCAUCGCCGGGUACGGAAAGCAUCUGCUCGAGCUCAUUGAUGACACACCUGUAACCCCGGGCGAGACUCGUGCGGCUUACGACGGUUAUGAGGCUAGCAAGGCCAUCAUUCAGGAUUGUGAGGAUGCCCUAACCAGCUGGGUUACAUCUCAAGCCGCCGUUUCCUCCAAAUUGUCCACUCGCGCGCGCACUCUGUCGACACGCCGUAGGAACAACAUCAGAGCGCGUGCCGAGGGAGGCCACGAUUUGUCCGGGCAGGAUGCUCCUUUGAAUGACGACUCGUCAUGGACGCCUGCACACAACAAAGAGGCGGAGUACACGGAUGAGGAGGAAGAGGAUGAUGAUAUUCACCAUUCCGUCACCGGGACCGAUGACGGCUUGAAUGGCGAAAUCAGAGGACGUCAACACGAGAGCAUCGUGGCAUGA